AUGGCUGAAAUUGCUGCGAACAAGACCCCGGGCUACAUCCCCAUCUCUCAAUGGCCGAACCUGGAAUCCCUUGCAGUCGGCUUUCGCGAGCACCUGAUGGCUGGAUCGCACAAGCUUUCUGGGGACUCCCUUGCCAUCAUACUUGCGGAUACAGACCGAACAUGCAUCACACACAACUUUGUCGAUGCUCAAACUUUGAGAUGGGAAGUAAUGCAAACCAAGCAAAGCGGAGCCGCGCAGUACAAAGCCUUCGAAGUGCGGCCGGGCAUAUUCUUUAUUGACUUCUACAAGCCCGACUAUGAAGAACAAGUCACUCUAUUGUUCAAUUUCACCUCUGGGCAAGGGAUCGUCGGGCUUUCUGGGUUCCAUGUCAGAGAGGAUGGACGGAAGCGGACUUGGACCAAGUUCACCGAUGCCUCGAUCGAGGGACGCACGACCGUCACACCUUUUGCACCCACGGCAGACCUCAUUGGCAAACAUAUUCUCUACCGAUACACGCCCCGUGACGCGUAUGAGCAUGUGUACCUGAAUCAGGGGACAUUUAGCUGGCACUGCCUCAGCGGAACGGAAAAGGGACUUGUAGACACAGAGCCUUGCAAGAUGCUCAAGUUGGAUGACAAGUUGUAUUUGCUAUUCUGGACCGAAGAUAUCAUGCCUGUCGAGUCAAUUGUCAUUGUUGAUCUUAAACACAUGCGCUCGACGGGCCGGUUCUUCUGCUGGGACCCAAAGCCGGCGAGACUGGUUCAGAUGUCCUUUGGCUCAUAUGCCACCAGGACGUACCCAGAAGAAGCAAAAUGUCCCACUCCAUACGUCCCCACAGAACCAGAAAGUGAUAGACUGCUACGGUACUACUUUUCUCGCGUUUGUGGUAUUCUAUCAAUCUUUGACUCAGCUAAAAAUCCCCUUCGAUCACUGGUGCAAGAGCUCAUACCGCGCUCACCGGCUCUCCUUAAUUCUGUGCUCGCUAUGUCUGCCGCCCACCUGUAUCAUCGUGAAAAACAUCAGCCAAGAUACGCAUUAGAGUAUCGAACGCAGGCCAUCUCACAUUUGGCUCGGGGUAUCUCACAAGCUACGAAUGAUACCGACAACGAAAUAUCGGCACUGAGGCACUCUAGUGCUGCUGGUUUGAUUCUGUCUGCUAUUAUCCUCGGUAUGACCUCUGUAAGUUACAGUCUUCGUCUACUGGCCACCUGA